AUGUCUCAUCCCCAGUCCAUCUUCCCCCAUACCACGAUAACACCAGGCUCCCUCCUCCACCGUCGAAGAGCCACCGUCUCAAAGACAACACUGCAUACGCAGCUCAAGCGCCUUCGCGAAACAGGCCGCUACGAUUGCUUCAAGCUACAAUGGCAUCAGAUCUACGCUGACAAGUCUAUGUGGCCUGUUCCAUUUCAUCUCUUCUGGGACAGCGACAUCGCGAAGUGGAUCGAGGGCGCUUGUUACUUUCUCCAUGAUGAGGUUGAUGCUGAGAUUGACGCUGCAGUGAGAGAGUUGGUUGAGAUGAUUCGAGGGGCGCAGCAGGAGGAUGGAUACUUGAAUGUUCAUUAUACUGUCGUUGAGCCGGGGAAGCGGUGGACGAAUUUGCAGGACAUGCAUGAAUUAUACAAUGCUGGUCAUCUCAUUGAAGCCGCACUAGCUCAUCACCAGUACUACAAGAACAACCUUCUUUUGGAGCCCAUUGAGAAAUACGUCGCCUUGAUUCACAGCACUUUUGGACCGGGCGAGGGCCAACUGCACGGAUACCCUGGGCAUCCAGAGAUCGAGUUGGCCCUGUUCCGCUUAUACGAAGUCACCGGCAACAAGAACGCUUACAACCUGUCCCGAUACUUUCUUGAAGAACGAGGCAACCACAAAGGUCAGCACGGACAGCAUUACUUCGAAUGGGAGUCCAAGCAACGUGGCCAGAGCCUCUAUCAUCGACCUGAUUCGUACCCUGAGCAUGCAUCUCACUGGUAUUGCCAGGCUCACCAACCCAUUCUGGAACAACCAACUGUGGAGGGUCAUUCCGUCCGCGCAAUGUAUCUCCUCACCGCCGUAGCCGACAUGCUCUGCAUCGAAAAAUCCAGCUCUCAACAGCUCUCCUCCGCACCAAGUUGGAAAGACGCCGUCUACCGCCUCUGGGACAACAUGGUCACCAAGAAAAUGUACCUCACCGGUGGCAUCGGCGCCAUCAAGCAAUGGGAAGGUUUCGGACGCGAUUAUUUCCUCCCCCAAUCCACCGACGAAGGUGGAUGCUACGCUGAAACCUGUGCGUCCAUUGCAGUCAUGAUGCUCGCCGAGCGACUGCUGCAUAUCGAGCUAGACGCCAAGUUUGGUGAUGUCAUGGAACUUUGCCUAUAUAACAAUGUCAUGACGGCCAUGAGUCUCGAUGGCAAGGCGUUUACGUAUGUCAAUCAGCUUGGCAGCUCGGAGAGUGAUAAGAGUGUGAGGGAGGAGUGGUUUUGGUGCGCGUGCUGUCCGCCGAAUGUGACGCGUUUGUACGGGUCGUUGGGGGGAUAUCUAUGGGACUUCGGGGAGGAGAAGGAGAAAGAGACGUUUGUGAAUGUGCAUUUGUAUACGAAUGCUGAGUUGAAGUUUAUGGUUGGGGAGGGAGAGGUUAUUCUUCGGCAAGAGACGGAUUGGCCUUGGGAUGGACUCGUCAAGUUUCGACUUACGAGUCCUGGGGCGGUGAAGACCACGAUACGACUCAGGAUCCCAGGCUGGUCUCAAAAUCAGUAUUCCCUUGACCCAAAGCCCAGCGAAAGCAGUGCGCACUUGCACAAAGGCUAUCUCACGCUCGACCCAGCUUACACGGCAGCGAAUCCCGCCUUCUCGCUGGCCAUCGGCAACUUUACACCUCGAUACAUCGCUCCGCAUCCGUAUACGAACCAAAACACUCUGACACUUGCUCGAGGUCCACUGGUGUACUGCAUCGAGGAUGCAGAUAAUGCAUGGGAAGAUAAUCACUUCAAGGACGUUGGGCUCAAGGCUAGCAGCGCGGUUAAGGAGGAGAGGUUGUGUAUUAGUGGGACGGAUGAAGAGUAUAUUGCAUUGAAGACUUCAUGUUGGAGACGCAGUGGGAAGUUGGAUGACGCGGUGUCUACGCCUGGUUUUGUUGUUGAGGGAAAUGGUUCUGGGUUUGAUGAUGAGAAGGAGGGCGUUUUUGUGCCGUAUUACAUUAGGGCCAAUAGAGGGGGGAGUGGGCAUAUGAGAGUUGGACUGCAUCAUGUACAGGGUUAG